AAAUGUCUGUCUGCAAAGAUAAUCUUUUUGGGCAUUGCUUCUUUUCUGUGCAGAUAGACGGCCAGAAACCUUCACUCAAAAUCACCCAAACUUCAACUGAACAUUUGCUGAGCAGCAGGACCAACCGCAGUGAUCUCUUAAUCUGUUAAGGCUAACAGCAAAAUGGCAAACAAGGUAAACCAACGAUAUCCAUUGACUCAAAGGGGUGGAAGUCAGCUGUGGCUCUUCACCAUUAUCAUUCUUGAACUAAUGCUUCUGGAGAGAAUCCACGGCUGGACCUAUCAAAUUCUGGAGGAAAAUAUGGCCUGGGACAAUGCAAGACGCCACUGUAAACAAAAAUACACAGAUCUAGUUGCAAUCCAGAAUGCAAAAGAAAUUGAGUAUUUGAAUAAAACCUUACCUUUUUCAAAAUCUUACUACUGGAUCGGAAUAAGAAAAGUAAAUGGCACUUGGACAUGGGUUGGUACGAAUAAAUCUCUCACCAAAGAAGCAGAGAACUGGGCUUCUGGUGAGCCUAAUAACAAAGGAGAAAAUGGCAGUGAAGACUGUGUAGAAAUAUAUAUAAAAAGACGUGUUGAUGCAGGGAAGUGGAAUGAUAUCAACUGCAAUAGCAGGAAAAGACCUCUGUGUUAUGUAGCUUCAUGCACUGCCAACUCAUGUAGUGGUCAUGGACAAUGUGUGGAAGAAAUUAACAAUUACACAUGUAUAUGUAAUGAUGGAUUCUAUGGGCGAGACUGUGAAUAUGUUGAACAGUGUACCACUCUCGAUGUUCCUGACCAAACAACUAUGAGCUGCACCCAUCCUAAUGGAAACUUCAGCUUCAACUCUACAUGUGACUUCCACUGUGCAGCAGGGUUUACACUGCAGGGCUCACGAAGGCUCCAGUGCAAUGCAACAGGAACGUGGACAGCAACAAGACCCCACUGUGAAGUUCUAAGAUGUGGAGAGCUGGAGGAACAUGAGCAAGGAUUUAUAAAGUGCUCCCAUCCCAUUGGAGAUUUCAGUUACAACUCAACGUGUGACUUCAGCUGUGCCGAAGGGUUUGAGCUCCAAGGGAGAGACAGACUGGAGUGUGGAUUAUCAGGAGAAUGGUCAGCACCAAUUCCCAGCUGUGAAGCUAAAAAAUGUACAGCUCUAGAAGUCCCCACACAUGGAUUCAAGAAGUGUUCUCAUCCCAUUGGAGAUUUCAGUUACAACUCAACGUGUGACUUCAGCUGUGCUGAAGGAUUUGAGCUCCAAGGAUCAGACAGACUGGAGUGUGGAGUAUCGGGAGAAUGGUCAGCACCAAUUCCCAGCUGUGAAGCUAAAAAAUGUACAGCUCUAGAAGUUCCCACAUAUGGAUUCAAGAAGUGUUCUCAUCCCAUUGGAGAUUUCAGUUACAAUUCAACAUGUGAAUUCAGCUGUUCCAAAGGCUUCGAGCUCCAAGGGAGAGACAGACUGGAGUGUGGAGCAUCAGGAGAAUGGUCAGCACCACUCCCCAGUUGUGAAGUUGUGAAAUGUAGAACUCUGGUGACUCCCAGGCAAGCAGAAAUGAACUGUUCUCAUCCUGUUGGAGCAUUCAGUUACAACUCAACUUGUGACUUCAGCUGUGUCAAAGGAUUCAAGCUCCAAGGAUCAGACAGCCUGGAGUGUGGAGUGUCAGGAGAAUGGUCAGCACCGACUCCCAGCUGUGAAGGUAUUCCUCCAUACAUACCUGUACUAACGGCAUCUGUUACUGGAGUCUCUGCUUUGACACUGAUCGCCUGGUUAGCAAGAAAGCUCAAACAGAAAGCACAAGCAGAAAAGUUUUCACUUUUAAGCAAUGAAAAACAGAAUUUACCAAAAGACACUUACACAGCGCAUGAGGAGGUGUAGAGCCGCAUAUAUUGAGGUCUUUGACAGUUUUUCGUAAACAAGAGGUAAACAAGAAUUUUCAAGAUCGUUGGUUUUGCAGCUUCAAUAUUGCAAGAUCAUGGUACCAUUUAUGAACGGGUGGAUCUCCUCUCCCAACAGAAUUCAGUUCAUUCCAUUGACAGAAAUUUUCCAUCUGUCUGAAUUACAAAUGCUAGUGACGAGGCACUAAAACUUUCUGUCCAAUUCAUCAUGUGGUGAUACUCAUAUUUUUGCUGUGUGUUUACCAUCAUAGGAUUAAGUGAAAGCCUCUACCUUUACAUUAAUGAUAAAGGUAACUACAGAUGUGAUGACAAUGGACAAUUUAAAAAUGAAGCACCUCAACUUAAAAGAGACAGAGUAGUUCAAUGAUUGGUAUCUAAUUCUUAGAUCGGUGAUAUGUUGUCAGAAUAGAUUAUAUACUGCCACAGUUUUGCACAAUUUGUUUACUGCAGAAAAUAUGUGCAUUACUGAAGGCUUCGGUAACUGGUAUAGAAAAUACAAAUGCACUAAAGGAUAUGGUAAUUUGUCAUGAGCAGAAAUGGCCAAAUUUGUUUAACAUAAUUUUUAGCACUAGUAAUAAAACCAAACUAAAAUUUAAAAAAAAAUCUUUGCCCACUACUUUAGAUUGCUGCCUAUAUAUCACAAUGCUUUCAAUGAAGGCACUAAAACAACUUAUAUCCAAGCCUGCAAUUAUACCUCUGUUUCAGGUCCAAGAUUAUUUCCCCAUUUCAUUUCCCUCUUUACAAACCUCUGCCCAGUGGUUUGCUCUGAUAGAACUCCCAAAGUCAGAAUGUUGUGAGCACAUUGCUUUCUAAUGCCAGAACUCAUUGAUGCCUUGAAUCCAUUACAUCAUAUUUUAAGCUUUAUAAAAUCUACCUUCAACAGAUCUAAAAUUCUGUUUCAAACUUAAUUGAUUACAACACUAGUGAAAAGAAAGAUUUAAUUUCCUAGUAAUAAAGAAGGUAAUAUCGAGAACAACAAACUGGAUAAUGAGAUAGUCAAACCCCUUCUUCCCAAUAAAUUGAAAAACAACAUUAAUCAGAUAUGAUAAUCUAAACAACCUAAAUGAUUAUUUUAGGAAUUAAAGUGAAAAUACACAAUGAACACUGAAUGUAUUGUAUUAUUCUGUACUUUUUAUUCACUUCCCAUAUCUGUAUAUGUUGGUUACACAUGUGUAUUCACAUUUUUAUUUAUUGUGGUUUAUUUAAUUAAAUCCCUAUGGCUGAGAUAGUGCGUGAAAGGUGAAUGUUAGAUUUGUACCAUCAUCUCAUCAGGCAAACUGCAGUUUAUGGUGUGAUUUCCAUUGUGACUUUCCGUUACCUACAUGGUUCUAUACCUGUGUAUGACAUAAUGUUCUUAUGAUCUGUUAACAUAUAGAGUUAUAUCUCACUUGCAGUUCAUGAGUUGUUCAAAUGUGUUUUUGUUUCAGUGAUCUGAUAGGAAUUGGAUAAUCCAUUAAUGUACCAAGUUCGUCCCUCUCAAUCUGAAAACUAAUUAUGAAGUAACCUUGUGUAAAAAUUAGGGAACAAAUAAUUUGACCACAAAACACUGCACGCAAUCAUUUUCCCCCAAUACAUUUUCAAAAUAGUAAUUCAACAGGAUUGUAGACAAGCUGAUAAAAGAAAUCUAUGUGAAAGAAAGAAGCCAGUUAGGGAAUACGUUGCAGUAUCAAUAAUGUUCGUAAAAUAAUGCAUGACUAUCUCCACAUGGAAAUUUUAAAAUGUUCCAUUCUGCAGCAGUGCUAUCCCUCAUAAAAUAAACAAAAUAAACAGACACAAGUAAAAAAAACAUAGAUUGCGCAACUUUAUUGUAUCAUUUUACAUAGCACUCACCAGAAAGUAUGAAAGAGGAAAGUGUUUUAAGAUAUUUCUGAAAUAUUUUUAAGAUGUCUACAUAAAUAAAUUAACAUAUUGUACAUGUAGAUUAUAUAAUUUAUUUGUAUAUUUGUUGUUGAUAAAUGUAUCAAUUCCUUGAUUGACCUUUCUGUAUAUAAUUCUAAUAAAAUAUAUAUGCUGGUCAUAAA